AAACAUUGACAUGUUUUAAUGCUAUUCUGCAACAGGAACAUUUCUAACGUGUUCUACAUAAAUACUUUACUGAGCCACAGUAACAAAAACGUAUUGAUUUAACGUGGGUUAACACGUCACGUGACCAAUACUUCCCAUGACACUCCCCUGCUGCUAGCUUACUCUGCUGAUACUGCUCGUCCGACGGGGAACUCUGGAAAACAUAACUCUGCUUUGGUAUUAAUGAUGAAAUGCAGUCAGCUACGAUGGAUCCAGCGGAAGAGCCGCCAUCGAUGUUGUGGGGACUCGACCCGAUCUUUUCUGCCUUCGCCAGGCUGUAUGUCAGAGACAUCCUGCAGAUGACAGAGUCCACACAGGUGCCAGGUAUUUACUUCUACAACUUACACCCAAUCUACAAAGUUGAUGUACUCGGCACGGUGGUUUACAGGAGAGAAAGAGACGACUUCUUCUGUUAUGGAGUGGAUGAUGGUACUGGCGUUAUAAACUGCUUGUGCUGGAAAAAUGACCUCUUCAAAGAGGAGGGGGGUCCUACUAAAUCAGGGGAGAAACACAGUGAUGUGGCUCAUGGAAGCUUCAACCUGGUCGCUGAGCUGGAGAAGCUGAGACAGGCCCAGCAGAGGCGCUGCCGCCUGGAGAUUGGGGAGCUGCUCCGAGUCAGAGGACCGGUGAAGACGUCGAGGCAACAGAGAGAAAUCAUGGCCUCCACCUACUAUAGAGUGAACGACCCAGUGAUGUCGGUCCAGAUAGCGUGGAUGAUGGACGUUCCUCAGCUCUACAGACAGUGCUAUGACAAACCAUUCCAGCUGCAGCCUGAUGCAACGGGUGACUCAGCCAUCAGUUCUCUCAGCAAGGCAACAAAUCUCAUCAAGGAUUUCUUUAAAGAGAAGUCGGUGACCAGGUUCAGACCCUAUGAUGUCCAGGACCUCCUGCAGCCUCUGAUCUCCAGCCAACCUCAAACAACACCAGCAGACCAGAAGCCUGUGGCGGGUCCGUCUGCCUGCCAGCAGCUACGCCAGCUCCUGAAGGAGGUCCUGCAAAUACUGCAGGACGAGGGAACGGUGUACCGCAGGGUCAAAUCCCAGGAUGAAGUCUAUCAUGUGACUGCACAUGACAAAGAUCUACUCAUAGCCGUCAAAGACAUCAUCCACGAAGACUCAAAGAGAGACAAGUAUGCAGAGAAGGGUUGUCACAUCCUGCACAUCCUGUCUGCAGUCAGGCAGCGCCACAGCCUCAACGUGAGCAAAACGGCACUGGAGCUGGUCCUCAAAUCACUGGAGUGCAACAGUGACAUCGUCAGCACCAGCGACAACCAUUACACUGUGUUUUAGCCUGAGCACAGCAGGGUGGGGAGCCCACUGUUACUGCAUAUACUGUGUGCACUAUGGCUUAUUGCUCCAAAAUGUGAGCGUCCCAAGAUAAAAGUAAAUCAUGCCAUCUGUAUUCCUUUGUUCAUCAUGACUAUUUUAAAUUACUAAUGCAUGUUAGCAUGCUUUAUUUGAAAGGCAUGCCAAAGAAAAUGGAUACCAGAGAGUUUCCAGUACCACUGUGCACUGUAAAUAUUUAUGAUAGCACACAUUUUGAAAUAAAUAACAAAUAUAAAGCUCA